AUGGCGUCAAGCAACCCACAAGCCACAAAAUGGAUAAACACAAACGUUGAACAACAGAGUCACAGACAAGGGCAGAAUCUGGAAACAUUUGCUCUCUUAUGGCUCGAUCAGAAUGUGAAUGAAAGCAAAGACAAUUUAGAAACACAAGCACAAUUGCGGCAAUCCAUCAACUGUUUAUUGACGUUUGAAACUGCAAAUGAGUGUGAAGAACAUAUUCGAGAAAGGAAAGAUGAAAAGAUUGUUCUCAUCGUGUCUGGUCGAUUAGGCAGAGAGAUUGUCCCGAGAGUUCACGAUUUAUCCCAGUUAAGCGCCAUCUACGUCUACUGUAUGGACCAAACAACGAAUGAGAGAUGGGCAAAAUCUUAUGAAAAGCUCAUCAAAGAAUCGCCAGACACCCAAAUCAGUCGAUUAUAUCGAGGUCAAGUGAUGUCAAAAGAUGAACUUUCUCGCAUUCGUUCAAGUAUUGGUGAAUUCAUCUCGAUAAACUCCUUUCUAUCCACAACGCGUAGUCGGAACAAGGCACUUGAUUUUGCUCAAAGUGCUCAGUGUGGCGCUCAAAAUGAACGUGU